AUGGGUCGUUCCCGGGGCGGAUGUUCCAACUGCAAGCGACGGAAAAGGAAAUGUGACGAAACGCGUCCAGACUGCCGGGCUUGCCAGAGAAGAGGCAUCCAGUGCGAGGGCUACAGCACCGCACUCAAAUGGACCAACGGAAUAGCCUCGAGGGGCAGGUUCGCCGGAGCAGCAACCCCUGCUGCCGGGAGUUCAGGCGCAGACCCGUCAAAAUCCUCAGCCGAUCUGCCGAUCGUCGAACACUCACAACCCUGCCACAGCUCGUCCUCCACGUCUUCUAGUACCAAAAAUGUUAUGCUAUACGGCUCCGUCCCAAACCCCGACAGGCCGAGAUCACAACCAGAUGUAUCUUCCUUAGCAUUCUCACCUGCUGGUGGCACCAGUGAUCCGGAACAGCAGCUAUUCCAAAGGUUUCUCUCCACUGGAAUCCAUCGCUUGUACACCACCGAGAGCCAAAGUUGGGUGAAAGCCCAUUUUGUGGCCAUGGCACAGAAGAGCCAAGCCUUCAUUACCGUCUGCGAAGCUCUCCAAGCAUAUCUAGAGGACGGGUUCUCAGUACCAUCGAUGGAGCGCGUCGACCACGCACUCCAGACAUUCCGAUCGGAAUUAGAAACCCGACAAAACUCUUUCGAUGCAUCUACCGUAUCAGCUGGUCUGCUUCUGUGUAGUCUUUGUCUACUCCAGGCCCGACCUUGGACAAUGUAUCUCCAGCUCAUGGCUGGUCUUUACCAUUUAGAGACGAGAAUCGAAAGUCUGUUGCCUGCAGCCGACCAUGACUUCACCAUCCGGCAUUCCAUCGAGGUUUUGUCCAUUAUGGACAUGAAGCCCAUGGUUCUGGGACGAAUGACCAAGAGCAUGGGCGUUUGGCGUUGCCUUCGCAAAGUACAAGAUGGAUGGAAGGGGGGACGAGUUGGCGGCGUCGAGGUUGUCUCGGGGUUGCCGAGGAGUCUCCUCGACAUUCUUGCUGACAUUGGGGAUGAUGACGCAAGUGACGUCGAGACUCGGCUAUGGGCCUGGCCCGGAGAAGUUGGUGUGCAUGCACAAUGCAUUCUUUGGGACUGUUGGAGGUACACAGCAGUCUUGCAUGUGAGAAGACUUGAGAGAAACAAACGAAAGACGAACACAGCCAUGGACACAGAUCAACAGGAGGUUGAUCUUGCCGUUGCGGCACCGUUCCCUUCAAGAGAGGUCGUUCUAUGCCGCCUAGCGGCAUCAGUCUACGCGUUGAAUCGGGCACUCAAAUUGCCCGAAAACGACAAACUUCUGGUUCUGAACGGGCUCAUGUACCCGUUGGUGAUUGGCAGCCUAGAGGUUCCCCUCCUGGCUACACACUCAGACUGGAAGAAGAUAUUUGCCGACGUUCGGGAAUCGUUCUUGAACAAGGACUCUUUUCACCUCAUAAAGGUUGUUGACGAGGUUUUGAACGAGGCAUGGAGGGAGGGGACUGACACUUUUGAUAUAGAAGCAGCAGCUCGAAUGCGAGGUGUUGAGAUUGCAGUCUUUUGA